AUGGCGUGUAAUAACUUUUCUUUUCAACAUGGACAAAAGAAACACUUGUACCGCAAGAAGCUAUUGACACUCUAUACAGCUGCAUUAAAUGGUGACUGGAGAUCUGCUGAAAGUAUCAUAAAAAGUGAUCCUACAUUUCUAAAUUCCAGUAUCACAGAUGAUUACAAAACAGCUCUUCACAUUGCAGCAGGAGCAAAACAGACAGCUUUCGUGAAGAAAUUAGUGAAUUUGAUGCAAAAUCAGGAAAGUGACUUGGAUCUGCAAGACGAAAACGACAACACCGCCUUCUGUCUUGCAGUCAUAGCUGGUAGUGUGCCCGUCGCAAAGAUUUUGAUGAAGAAGGUUCCACAACUCGCUUUGAUUCGAGGUGGCAAGAAUUCGACCCCACUUUUUAUUGCGGUUAUAUUUGGACGCCAUGACAUGGCCCGCCUUUUAUACCGGGAAACUGAAAGUCAUUUGAAGCAUCUAGAACUGGAGCAUCUACAGCAUAUAUUUUUCACUUGUAUUGAAACUGAUAUGUUUUGUAAGCAUGCAUACCUUUCCCCUCCUUUGUAUAUAUAUUUGUGA